UGUCAGGAGAGGAAAUCUUAGUCAUAUCAGAGAAAACUAUUUGCUUACUUGCAGGUCUUGGCUGUGAAGUGCGCUCUCUCGGAAUGAUGGACCCAAGAGAACUGAAUAAAGAAAUUCCAAGAGCUAAAAAAACAAUGGGAUUUAACAGGCAUCAUCUGAACCACCUGCGCAAGGUCUACUCUGGCUUCACACCUUAUCCAGUCUCAAAACCCUCUGAAAAGAUUUGGUCACCUGUAAAUGAAUGUUCAGCAAACACACCUGAAGCCACACCAAGUAACCAAUCUACAGAUUCAGUCAGUAAUAAUCCUCAAAUACCAUCAACUGUUCCAUUAUUGCACACAUAUGAUGAUCAGAUAGCGACAGAGGAGCCAAUGAUUGUUGCAGACGUUCUGUCAUCCGCACCUCAUUUCUCAAAUGAAGACCAGUCAGUCACAGUGGAAACAGAGGAAGAAAGUGCAUACUCUGCACUGCUGGUGAAAAUUGAAACGCUUAAGAAAUUCAGAAUUGCGCCCAUCAAACAGCCAAGCACAGUGUCGUCAGAGGUGAUGGCACCCAACAAGGAUGUGCAUGACACUGGGGGCCAUGGAACAGAACGUGCCAAGCAGGAGAGUGAUCUGUUAGAGACUACAUUGGAAAUGAAGAUCUGUGGGACUGCAAACGAACGAUGGAUGCGUUUGGAGAAGGUGGUUCAGCUUGUAGUGACAGAGCACUUCACUGUGUUUGAGAAAAAUCUUCAAGAGCUUCGUGGCAGGAUGAUGAAGAUUGAAAGGACCAUUAAAGAACAGACACAGAUACGAAGGCUAGCCAGACAGCUCCAAAUGCCUAAAGAGGAGUUGAUCUCCGGGAGUGUGUCUAUGGUUGAUGCUACUCCUGCUACGGAGCCUAAAUCUCCAUCCACUCCAGCCACUGCUUCCACACCUACCCAAGGACCAAGUUGUAGUGAUGCAAGUAAUCCCAAGAAUCCUGAUGGUUUGCCAGCUGAACAGAACAGUUGCCAGACAAACUCUGAAGAUGCCCUCGAUUCCCACCUCAUGGCUCCAAACCUCCCAAUGGACACGGUUCCAGGGAACGUUCCCAUGUCAGUUAGACCAGCGCCUCAACCCUGCAUGGCUCAGCCAGUCACGUGUCCUCCCAGUCACAGCUGCCCAGCCCAGCCCGAGGGACAUGGACAGUGUCGACAGGACACGCUUGCACGGCACCCCCACAACCCCCAGAAUGUUCUCAGUUCUCUCGCUGCCGUUGCCAGUGAUUCCUUUCCCGGUUCUCAGCUGCUGCUCCAGGCCACGGCCCAGGCAGCCCAGAGACCAGAUGCCUACCCCCUCAUGAGUUUCCCCCACGCUGGCCCUGGUUAUAGGACGCCUGUUCUGUCCCCCACCACUGCCGCCCCGUUAUCUGGAGGGCUAGCUGCUCUGCCCGUCGCUGGGACUCGGAUGUCUCCCACUGUUCACCCACCAGGAGAGCGAGAUGACAGCAAAGUUGGUGGUGAUGGUGGUGACAGUGCCGGUGCCGGUGCCGUUGAUGGUGCUAAUAAUUCCUGUGAAGGGAAACGCUACAUUGAACCAGAGGGGAGUGCUUCAGUGGAUGCUUUCACGUGUAUAAAGGUUCCUGGGCCUGGCAACCUGAAAUCUGCCUUUGCUCUCAAUCUGCCUCCCACUCUCCCGCAUCUUGCCUCACUGCAUUGCCUGGAUCAGCUGCCCCGUGAUGCCCUCUGGACCCCUGUCCCUGGUCAGCCUGUGCUCACGAUAGCCAGCCUGCCCAGUCAGAAGGUUCUGGAGCUCACUUGGACCAUGCCUGUGGGGGACCGAGCGGCCCUUGAACGCGUGCACAGUUAUCACCUUUUUGCCUGUCCAUUGACGUCCUCCCUGGCUCCUCAGCAAUUGGCCUGGAAGAAUAUUGGAGUGGUCCGGGCAGAGACUUUGCCCAUGACCUGCAGGUUCACCACCAUUCAAGCAAACUGUAAGUGUUUCUUUGCUGUGUGUGCCCAGGACAUCUACAACCGCUUCGGGCCUUUCUCUCGACCCUGUAUCUGAAGUGGCUCUUUCGUUCUCCCCUGGUUGAUAAAAAAAAAAAUGCACUCAUUGGUUCAGGUCUCUCGUGUUUUGAGCACCCCUACCUUGCAUUUUUGUUCAUCUUUUGGAGUGUAGAAAUGUUGGUGUCUGGGAAGUGCUGGACUGGGAUUUUGGUAUGGGAGUCAUUUUCAUAGCUUUUGGUUGAAAUCAAAAAUGCUCUGCCUGACGUUUAAAGAUUUAAUUCUGGAGUUGGCUGUUUUUUUUUUUAAAGAACUGACAUCCAUGUUCACGUAAGACAUAUGUUCCUCUGGAGUUGGCUGUUUUUCCUAAGAACUGUCAUCUGUUCAAGUCAGAGAUAAGUUCUAUAUUAUAUAUUAUAUUAUAUUAAGUUCUAUCACGUUAUUGUCGCGAAUUAGGUCUAAAUAAAGACAACAAUAAUACCU